AUGUCCUCUCCUGACGAUGGAUUCACCCACCAGCUCGCUAUCAAGUUGUCGAGGGCACUGAAUCUAGUGAAUCCGAAUGACCUACUUGCCCGGCGUGUGCAAGAUAUAGCCAAGACUAAUACCCUAGAUGGCUUCGUUGCUGCGGCCAAGUCAUUUGGCAAGUUCAAAGACUCCUUCCUUGCUGAGAUUCAUUCAGAGAUUACCUCGCACGCGAAGCAGGACGAUCCUGAACAUGUACCUGAGCCCGUACAAGGCAUCGUUGUUCAUGACAGUGAGGUCCUAGAGCCGGAGCCAGUGAGGCAAGGAGGGCUCAUGCGAAAGGAAGCGGUCCACGCAUUCCGCCAGCCGGCCAAACUGAUGCAGCCACCUACACCUCGGGCAUCGGUCCUUGGCCUCGACCGACUUGCGCAAGAAAAGCGUGCCGCAGCAGCAGCAGCGACCAAUGGCGAAGGGAGUAGGAAGAGAGCAAAAUUAGACGAUAACUCGGAAGCUACUUUCAAGGGUGAGGCUUAUUUCAUGCAUAUGGUCGAGAGGUCGCCAACGUAUUCAAACAGUACCGAGUCUUCCGACUCGCACGGCAAAUAUCCGUCAACGGGCGAAGAAACGCCAUCGCACCCUGGUGGCCUGUCAGACACUGCACGGAACAGGUUGGAUGAGUUCAGGCGGAGGAGAGAGCGAGAGGGUAUCCGAGCGCAGAACGAGCGUAGAGACGACGGCCCUCGGGGAUUGGGCGAUUUCCAACGACGACUCAAUCGUGACGACAAUCGCCGCAGAAAUGACAGAGACCGUGAUCGUGGUGGCCGAGGGUGGGAUGUCACACCUCGCUCUGAGCGCGGUAGGCGAGGUGAUGACGCGCCCAGCGUUCGUGUACCAAACAUCGGCUGGGAUGCAACACCUCGACGAGCGUCAUCACCGUCAGGCACGCCCAUACGCGAUCGGCGAUGGGAUGCACCGACCCCGCGUAGGGGCUCGCCGCCAGACGACGUGGAAGAUGUUGCGGGCAUGGGUCUGGAUGCACACGAGUGGGAGGAAGAGCAAGUCCGGCUGGAUCGAGACUGGUACAUGGGCGCAGAGGAGGGCGGCGCGCUCGCGGGCGACGAGGAACUCAAUCCGCUGGCUCAAUACGAGGACUUGAACGCGGUCAGGCAGGCGGAGGCGGCAAAGAAGCACGUCAAGAAGAUAUCAGCGAAGCAGGCGCAGUACAAUGCGGACAACGACCUGUGGGAGGCGAACCGGAUGCUGACCUCCGGUGUGGCAACACGGAAGACGAUCGAUCUUGACUUCGAAGACGAGUCAGAAUCGUCUGUGCACGUCAUGGUGCACGACUUGAAACCGCCAUUCCUCGAUGGGCGCACCGUGUUCACGCGGCAGCUCGAGCCGAUCAACCCGGUGCGCGACCCGACUAGCGACAUGGCUGUAUUUUCGCGCAAGGGUUCGGCACUAGUCAAGGAAAAGCGCGAACAGGCAGAGCGUGCUAAGGCAGCGGCAAAGCUUGCAGCCCUCGGCGGCACGGCUCUCGGCAAUAUCAUGGGUGUGCAAGACGAGGAUGCACGAGCGGAGGCCGAGGCGGAAGCGAAGGUCAAGGCAGGCGAGAAGGAGGAUUACAAGGGCGACUCCAAAUUUGCUAGUCAUCUCAAGGCGGGCGCUGGUGUUAGUGCUUUCGCGAAGUCGCGGACCCUCAAAGAGCAGCGUGAAUAUCUGCCUGCUUUCGCAUGCCGUGAGGAACUCCUGAAGGUUAUCCGUGACAACCAAGUCAUUGUCGUCGUCGGUGAGACCGGGUCAGGCAAGACAACCCAGCUGUCGCAGUUCCUGUAUGAGGACGGGUACUGCUCACACGGUCUCAUCGGUUGUACACAACCUCGACGUGUCGCUGCCAUGUCUGUGGCAAAACGUGUCAGUGAAGAGAUGGAGUGCAAACUUGGGUCUCUUGUCGGCUACGCGAUCCGAUUCGAGGAUUGUACUUCGCCGGAAACGAGGAUCAAGUACAUGACGGACGGUGUCCUUCUUCGCGAGUCACUUAAUGAAGGUGAUCUUGACCGUUACAGCGUCAUCAUUCUUGACGAGGCGCACGAGCGUUCAUUGAGUACGGACGUCCUCAUGGGGUUGCUUCGAAAGAUCCUCUCGCGUCGGAGAGAUCUCAAGCUCAUCGUUACGUCUGCCACAAUGAAUGCCGAGAAGUUUUCAACCUUCUACGGCAAUGCUCCUUGCUUCACAAUUCCAGGCCGAACCUUCCCGGUCGAGAUCUUCCACUCGAAGUCUCCUUGUGAGGACUACGUCGAUAGCGCAGUCAAGCAAGUCCUCCAGAUUCACUUGUCCCUUCCUCCGGGCGACAUCCUUGUGUUUAUGACUGGUCAAGAAGACAUCGAAGUGACUUGUCAGGUUGUACAAGAGCGUCUCUCACAGCUCGAUGACCCCGCACCACUCUCCGUACUUCCUAUCUAUUCGCAAAUGCCUGCGGAUCUUCAGGCAAAGAUUUUCGAGCCAACUUCGGAUGGCAGGCGCAAGGUCAUCGUCGCUACGAACAUCGCCGAGACAUCUCUUACCGGUAACACGUUCUGUUAUCGUCUGUACACAGAGAUGGCCUUCCGCAACGAUAUGACGAAUCUUGCGAACACUGUACUGCUGCUGAAGUCACUUGGUGUCAAGAAUCUCCUCGAGUUCGACUUCAUGGAUCCUCCGCCUCAGGCGAACAUGCUGAACUCCAUGUACCAACUCUGGGUGCUUGGUGCCCUAGACAACGUCAGCGACCUAACACCAGUCGGACGGAAGAUGUCUGAAUUCCCCAUGGAGCCGUCAAUGGCCAAAAUGCUCAUCGCCUCGGUGGAAUACAAGUGCUCGGCUGAGAUGCUCACGAUUGUGUCCAUGUUAUCCGUGCCGAGUGUGUUCUACCGGCCGAAGGAACGCAUGGAGGAGGCCGAUGCUGCUCGCGAGAAGUUUAACGUCCCAGAAAGUGAUCAUUUGACGCUCUUGAACGUGUUCGCGCAGUGGAAGAGUCACGGGUACCGCGACGACUGGUGCAUUCGACAUUUCCUUCAUCCGAAGUUGCUGCGAAAAGCUCGUGAAGUGCGUACUCAGCUCGAGGACAUCAUGAAGUUCCAGAAGAUGGAGAUGAUCUCGGCCGGCACCGACUUCGACGUCAUCCGGAAAGCGAUCACUGCUGGCUACUUCCACCAAGCGGCGAGAGUGAAGGGUAUUGGCGAAUACGUGAACAUCAGGACUGGUCUGCCUACGCACUUGCAUCCUACCAGCGCGCUGUACGGUCUCGGCUACACACCAACCUAUGUGAUUUAUCACGAACUCAUCCUCACAUCCAAAGAGUACAUGACGCAAGUGACAGCCGUAGAUGCGUACUGGCUUGCCGAACUGGGAUCCGUCUUCUACUCUGUAAAGGAGAAGAAUUUCGACGAUAGAGGCAAUCGCCGCGUCGCUGACCGCGAGUUCUCGAAGAAGGCAGAACUCGAGGCGCAAAUGGCGAAGCAACGUGAAGAGACGGCGAAGAAACAGCAGGAAGAGGUCAUUGCCAGCAAGCUUUCCAGUAGCUCUGCUUCCAAAGUCAUUGUCCCUGGCACUCCGAGACAUACUGGUGUUGGUGCUGGUGGGCGCGUCACCCAGACUCCGCGGCGGAGAGUUGGUAUAUGA